GUGUUUUUAACUCUGCCUUCUCAGUCUACAGACUAAUGCUUUUUCCCUGCUGCAGCUUUCCACUUUCCCUGGGAUUUAGCAAAAAUAUUUCCCUUGCUGGAGACUUAAAUGACACCAAGCAAAUCCUACUUAGUUUAGAUUUCCAGGAACUGGAUGUUGAAAAGCAAGGAUGAAGUUGGCAGGACUGUUCUGCUUUCUUGUACUUAUCAUUUGUCACACUGACUUAGGGCAAAAUGAAGAAACCCCUAGGAAGCAAAGGAAGAAGAUGCAUUAUAAAAGACUGAGAAAAAAUUCCAAGUCAAACCAAGGAUCUAGCAGUCAGCUCAGAACUGGGCAGACUAUGAUAGCCACUCCAUCAGCAACACUUGCCAUGGUUAACCUGGAUUACAGCAUGGAGGAUAAAUUUGAAUCUUUUUCAAGUUUUCUUGGAGUAGAAUCAAGCUAUAAUGUGAUACCAGGAAAGAAGGGACGCUGUGUGGUAAAUGGGAUGACCAUGUACAACAGAGCUGUUUGGUCCCCUGAGCCCUGUACUACCUGCCUCUGCUUGGAUGGACGAGUGCUAUGUGAUGAGACCGCCUGCCCCCAUCAAACAUGCCCCCAGACAGUCACACCUGAAGGAGAAUGCUGCCCUGUCUGCUCUGAUACUGCCUCCUACUUGCUACUCACUGGCAUAGCAUUAAAUGAUAGAAAUGAAUUUUCUGGUGAUUCUUCAGAACAAAGAAAGCCUAUCGAUUCACUUCAUAAGCAGUUGCCACCUCCUCAAGUGGACACAAACCAUGCACUGAGGAAAGAGGAAUUUCAAUUUGAGGAGGAUGAAGAGGAAAUUAAAGAAGAUGAAAGUAGGGAAGGAAAUAAAAAGACCUCUGGGCCUAAAAAUCAGGGGAGACUUCCCAAUGAGGGGCAAAGCAGAGACAGGGGGAUAAAGAGGCCUGGAGAGGAGGGGAAGCAGGUGCGCCAGCUGGGAAACCCAACCAGCAAGAAGGAUGAGGAGGAUGAGGGGAACCAGGAGUCCAAAGAGGAUGAGGAGGACGAGGACGUCAGAGGAGAUGCCUUCAGGAUGCCCUCACGACUCCCCAUACCUGCUCCUCCCAGAGGCCAGCCAUCUCUGCCCAGCAGGUGCGCUCUGUCCUACAAGACCAUCAGUUGUAUCGGCACUGACCUCACACAGAUACCACCACUAACAGCAUCAGAGAUAACAAGCCUGGAGCUCAUUGAUAAUUCCAUCAUCUCCAUUCCGGAUGAAACAUUUAAUGGAUUACCCAACUUGAAAAGGCUUGAUCUGAGCAGAAAUAAUAUCAGCUCUUCAGGCAUAGGUCCCAAAGCCUUCAAGCGUCUGAAGAAGUUAACGCGCCUGAAUAUGGAUGGAAAUAAUCUGGUAGAGAUUCCUUCAGGAUUACCAUCUACAUUAGAAGAACUUAAAAUCAAUGAGAACAAUCUUCAGGCUCUGGAUGAAGAAAGUUUAUCAGGCUUAAAUCAAUUGGUCACCUUAGAAAUGGAAGGGAACAAUCUCAGUGAAAUCAAUGUCAAUCCACUAGCUUUCAAACCUCUGAAGAGCCUAUCCUACCUGCGUCUGGGAAGAAAUAAAUUCAGAAUUAUACCACAGGGUCUUCCUGAUUCUAUUGAGGAAUUGUACCUAGAAAAUAACCAAAUUGAAGAAAUAACUGAACUUUGUUUUAAUCGUACCAGAAAGAUCAAUGUCAUUGUAUUACGCUAUAAUAACAUUGAAGAACACAGGAUUGCUCCUUUAGCCUGGAUAAAUCAAGAGAAUCUAGAAUCAAUUGACCUCUCCUACAACAAGCUCUACCAUGUUCCCUCCUAUCUACCCAAGUCCCUGCUGCACCUCGUGCUCAUAGGGAAUCAGAUAGAGCGCAUCCCUGGCUAUGUGUUGGGCCACAUGGAGCCAGGUCUGGAAUACCUGUACCUGUCAUUUAACAAACUCACUGACGAUGGGGUGGACCGGGUCUCGUUCUAUGGAGCCUAUCAUUCUCUGAGAGAAUUGUUUCUGGAUCACAAUGACUUAAAAUCUAUACCACCUGGGAUACAAGAAAUGAAAGCACUACAUUUCCUGAGGUUGAACAACAACAAGAUAAGGAAUAUUCUUCCAGAACAAAUUUGCAAUAUUGAAGAAGAUGAUGAUUCAACCCUGGAACAUCUUCAUCUUGAAAACAAUUAUAUUAAAACAAGAGAAAUAUCAUCGUAUGCAUUUUCAUGCAUAAGAUCAUAUUCAAGCAUCGUUCUUAAACCACAAAAUAUCAAGUAAUUUCAAGUUUUCCUUACCAUUUCUAAAUUGUAGUCUUAUAUUUAUUGCAGAAGCAUUUGUCAUCAGUAGAAAAGACAAGCCGCCUCAUGUUAUAUUCAGUAUCUUUAAGCAGGCAACCAGAUCCACCAAUCCACAGAUGAACAACCAAAAACACAGCUACAAGGUUUAGUCUUCCAGCAGUAUUAUUGACAGUUACAGUUUCACACCUCUAGAAAGAAACCAUUCUAUUGCAAGGUUUUUCUCCUGAGAACAGUAUGUUAUGUGCACUGCAGAGCUAGACUGGGAAAAUCUGGAACAACAGACUUCAGUAUUACCAUGAGUUGAGACUCCCCUGUAUCCUUUUAAAAAUGUUGUAUGCUAUGGUUCAAAACCAAGAAGUAUAUGACAGGGAGAAGUAACAGGUACAAUUUGUGAAUUAGUGUUUUGUUUAUUAUUCUAUUGUUAAAACAACAGUAAGACCUUAAUGCUACAACUAUUGUAUAAAUAGUUAUAGGCUUGACUUUGCAGCCUUCUAUUGAUUACAUGUGUGAAAUAAAAACACUAUUUCAAAGUUAAUUUCCAGUUUUUGAGAAUUGUACUAUGGCAUGUAAGUGGUUAUUAAAAUUAGGGGAGGCUCAGAGCAGGGUGCAAGCAAAACUCCAUAGUAAUUUUGAGACUUUUCCUUAAGUCUAAAAAGUAUUUUAAGGGCCUCCCCGGUGGCGCAGCGGUUGAGCGCUGGGUUGCGAAACUGCCUGCAGCUUCUGCAGCCGGUUCAAUCCCCGGCUGCUCCCCGGCCACCGGAGGAGGGUCCCACAUGGCGCGCAGACCUCUCCUGCCACCCGCUGCUCCCCUCAGCAGUGUCCUUCGGUCCUUCUACCUGCUCUGCUCCCUGCUCUGGCUCUGGUGAAUUCUCUCACCCUCCCGCGCUUCUGACUGUACCCAGUGCAUGUAUAAACCAAACAAACAAACAAAUAAUAAAUAAAUAAAUAAGACAUGCCUCUAGAAAAUUAAAAAAAUAAAUAAAUAAAAAAAAAAUAAAAAGUAUUUUAAGAUCAACCUCACUAUUCUUUACUCAGGAUCAACAGAUUUUAUGAAAGCAGCAGCAUUUGUUUAAAAUAAGUUAAUUAUCUUUGAUUAUAACUUGGUAAAUGUAGACCCAAUGCACGAAAUUUUGAAAUUUUUUUCUCCAUUGGUCAUUGUUAAUGUCAUCUUCUUUGCCCUAAUUUACUCAACUGUAUCCUUUUAUUCAGCUCAAUAUAACACAAAGCUAUUAGUAUUUACGAUGUACUAGACUUCACCAAAACCAUUUAAUAAAAUUUUCAUCAUGUAGUGGUCUUCUAUCUUAUGUGUAAAUGACACAUAUGAAAACUAUGCUGACUUCUGCCUGUUAUUCUCA